UAUGUGGUAUGAAUGUAACAUUAUAUGGCUAUGUAUUAUUGCAUGUGAAUGUGUAUGGAUUUGAAGCGUUCAGUGUGAUCUGAACGAUCGGCUCUGGACGAUGGAAGUUCGUGAGAUGAAGUUAUAAUAACCGACUGUCACGGAAAUCGCAAGUGGAUCUACUGGGAAGAAAAAGAGUUACAUAAAGAGAUGAACAAUUGGGAGAUAAAAAACGAUCCGUACCAAUGUGAUACUUAAGUAUCAGCCGUCUGGUCUGACAACUGAUGAUAACUUUUAAUAUUUUAAUUGAAUCAAAAGGAAGUCUCGCGAACGGGAAACCGGACCGUGCACGGUGUGGCCAAACUCUAUGACAGCCCACGAGAUUCAGACGGAGCCAAUACUGACUGAAGUGUAAGGGAGAAGUUAUUUAUCAGUCGCCGGUCUCGUUUAUACUUUUCUCGGAGCGGAGAAAUGGGGGCUGCGCCGGGCUCGGGAUGGGAGGGGGGAGAGUUCGAGUUUAAGCUGGUGUUCGAGGAGGAUCCGCCGCGCCAGAGACGCUGCGGCCCAGAGGAGAUAACAGAGAGCGGCCAGACGCAUCGUGAGCCAGUCGGCAUCAGUGAUACCCACUUUACAUCCACACAUGCUGGCCAGCCAGUAGGAAUCCCUUUGCCUUCACCAUCAGCCUGUCAGAGGGCUGGCAUGCAUUCCCCACCCCCAAGACGGGCAUUAAUCAGGGAGUUCAGUGGGACAUAUGAGAGUCUGCCAGCUAGAUCAAUACAGGUCUCAGAGUCCAGAGUCCUUGAGUGUCCCAGCAUCCAAAUCACCACUAUCUCCCCUGAGGAUGAGUCAGGCCCAGCAGGUCGAAGUUACUGGGAAAGUGGGGGUGGCUGGGACAGGGAGCAUCUAUAUCUGCCCCUGUUAGACUCCUACCGUGACGUCAUGACAGGGGCAGGUUCCCUUAGUCCAAGCCCGAGCCCUGCUACCAGUUCCUCAUCUCGUGGAUGGCUGAGUCCAGCAUCCAGCUGUGAUUCUCUUCUAGUGGAGGAGGAGGAGCUCAAUGAAGCCACCGCUCACUUUUACCUAUCGCCUUCCUCGCGUUCCACAUCUCCUGUGGGCAAAAAGCGCAGGAACUCCCCGCUAGCCUCCCCCAGUACCUCUCGCCGAGGCAGCUACUCGGAGGAUCACUCCUCCAUUCCAGACAUAGGAGAAACCUCAGCUCAGUCUCAGGCUCUAGGAAGCUGUGAGCUCAACAUCCCACAGAAGACCAGGAAGACCUCUCUGGAACAGGUUUCGUCCCGAGAUAUAGAGCCAGAACCGACCCUUGUUCAAAACUCUCCCUGCCCCCUCCCAGAGGCUCCUGAGCUGAGAAGAGAGCCCUCCACAAUAGGCAUGGACUACCUAUCUGUGCCUCCUGCUCUGGGAUGGGGCAGAACCAGGGCCAGCGCUCAUAGCCCUCUCUUUAGGUCUAAUGCACUACCGCCACUUGACUGGCCCCUGCCUUCCCAAUUUGACCAGUAUGAAUUGCACAUUGAGGUGCAGCCGCGGCCACACCAUCGUGCUCAUUAUGAAACAGAAGGUAGUCGAGGAGCAGUGAAGGCAUCACCUAGAGGCCAUCCAGUGGUGAAGCUUGCGGGUUAUGUUGAGAGACAGCCGCUCUCCUUACAGGUGUUUGUAGGAACGGCUGAUGACAGAUCAAUUCGGCCUCAUCCUUUUUAUCAAAUACACAGAGUGACAGGGAAGAUGGUGGGCACAGCUAGUCAGGAAAGUAUCCAGGCUGGCACCAAACUCCUGGACAUCCCACUCAACCCAGAGAACAACAUGACUGCUCUCAUUGACUGUGCAGGUAUUUUAAAGUUGAGAAACUCUGACAUUGAGCUCAGGAAAGGAGAGACGGAUGUGGGGAGAAAGAACACUCGAGUGCGUUUAGUGUUUCGCACACACUUCCCUCUGUCCCCACCCAUCGUCCCGCUGGGGCGGGUCUUAGCCCUGCAGGUGGCCUCUUUACCUAUUGAGUGCUCACAGCGCUCUGCACAGGAGCUUCCUGUAGUUGAGUCUGUCAGUCUCACUUCCUGUUCAGCUGAGGGAGGGGAGGAGCUUCUGUUGGGAGGGACCAACUUUCUGCCCACUUCCAGAGUUUUCUUUAUGCAGAGAGGAUCAGAUGGUAAAGUCCAGUGGGAGGACGAAGCACAAAUGGACAAGGACAAAAGCAAUGAGAGUUUGCUGUACGUACAAGUUCCGGCCUAUAGUGAUCUUUCACUGAGUCACCCAGUGUCUGUCUGCCUGUUUGUGUCCAAUGGGAAAAGGAAGAGGAGCAGCACACACUGCUUUAAAUAUCUGCCCAUCAUGUUUAAAGAAGAAGAUCCACUCCUGUCCCGGCCUUCUAUCUUGCCCCUGGAAGGAGUGACGCUUUGCCCCAUGGGGACCAGCAGCACAGCAGACAGGGGUAUGCACAUGAGACCAGACCUAUCUUCAGAUGACAGAGGCAUGUCCUUCCACCUGCCUUCAUAUCCCAAUGAGUACUCCUACUCUUCACAAGGCUACCAGGAUGAGUACUGCCGCAAACCAGAGGUUCCUGAGGACAGUGGAGGUCGGGGAGCCCUGACCAAUAAGCAUCCCAGCUUUGAGAACCUGAAUCUGGGCUUCACAGAGCUGCUUCCUCCCAUGUACUCAAGAGCCUUACAACCUCUUUCCCCUUGCCCCUCUCCCUCACCCUGGCUAGACUCCCCUUAUCUGUCCUCCUCACCCUCUCCCUCACGCUCUUGCUCUCUGAGUCCAUUCCCAGCCAGCAGUCCCAUCUCCACCUCUCCCAUUCCUCCCCUCUCUCAUUCCCCAUUUCCCAACUAUUCUUGCCCCCAAGAGAUGUGCUCCUCGCCUCCUUCAAACACUAGCCACUAUGAUGACCUGUGCCCACCACCAUAUGGCCAAUACGAGAGCUGGGAGCACCAGAUGCACCCCUCUGAAAGAAACCUGGCCCCUGGUCUGAAGUUGGAGGCGCCCCCAGACUUCACUGGGUCCUCGCCGAUGGAGCAUAUCACACUGGAGGAAGUGAAUGAAUUCAUUGGAGAUGAUAUCAGAUCUUUUCAGAUGGCUUCAUACAUGGACAGUAGACCUGGAUGACAACAUCCUCCAAACAGUACAGUGAUAAUCAGUGUAUUCUUCAUAUCAUAUCAGCGUUCCAUGUAUGAUUUUUAUAUCGGAACUAUGAUACAUUGCUUAUUGUGGCAAUAAUAUUAAGGACUGCGCUACUUCAGUGGUGGAUCUGUGGUAAAACAUAAGGCACGCACAGUUGUAAGUAUGUUCAUAUGUAACUGUCACU